AUGUUCCAGAUGAACAAGGUGCUAUCCAAGCACAUUUGGCCUACGGAGGAUAUAGAUGCUACUCAAAUCUAUUCCUUUGUGAAGAGAAGGCCACCAAAAAAAGGCAGAGAAGAAGCUUUAGAUGAGCCAAAGCAAAAACAGAAAAAGCAGAAAGGGGCAGGAUCUGGUUUUCUUGCUCCAGUUCGAUUAUUAGAUGCCUUUGUGAAAUUCUUUGGUAUUGGUGAAAAUGCAUUGCCUCGAGCUGAUGUCAUCAAGCACAUAUGGCAAUAUAUAAAAGAAAAUGAGCUGCAGGCAUUUGACAGUGUGCUUGUUUCUCUCCAAGAUCCAUCUGAUAAGAAGACAAUCAUCUGUGAUGAAAGAUUAAAAGAACUAUUUCAAGUUGAUUCCUUCCAUGGCUUCACGGUUACAAAGCUCUUGACUGCUCAUUUUAUCAAAAAAGAGCCCUUCAAUCAGAUAGAAGAGGAUUGUGGUAGAUUGACAGUUAAGUGUAACUAUGAUGAAUCAGCUGUGUACAAAAACUCAACCUGA